CACGACACUCGCUGUGGGGCAAACUUUGGCUUCGCUUGUCUUGAUUACACGCCACACUAACGAGGUGUACUCGCGUGACUGGAUUCACCAGCACAAAAUAACACUUAGGAGGAUUUUCACGGUUUCUCUGUGUCGUGACACAGAACAGCCCAAGAACUCGAACGCCACUGACUGUUUGUCCAAUGUCCCUGCAGCGCCAUCUGGUGGUGGUUAGUUCAACCUGCAGCCACAAUACAUUUACAGUAUAAGUAUUGUCUGUUGGUCUUUGAUUUACAUGCAGUGUUGAAUUUGAGGUUUAAAUAAGUGCGUACGUGAAUAAUAUACUAGUUGCACUCCACAUUAUUGUACAGGGUAAACAAACUAUUAUCUUAUUAAAUGGUUAAUGUAAUGAUAAUCUGUAAUCAGUUUUAUCUAAUAUUUACUUUGUAUGAUCAUUAUGUUUGUCUUAGGUUGGUAAGGUUUAGGGCUGAAACAAUUACUCUAUUUUUUAAUAUAAAAUUAAUCAUUAACUGUUUUUAUAAUCGAUAAAUUGGUUUGAGGAUUUUUUUGAACACUACAAGUUUUCAAAUUUUCUAAUAGGUAACGAAAUAGAAAGAAUGUAUACGUAAUCAGUGUAAACAAACAUGUAGGAUAUACAUUAUACUGGGAAUAUUUGGCGUUUAAAAUUGUGUUUUCGUUUAACUAUAUAAAUGAAUAUGUACAAUGUCAGUGUCAUCCUUCACCCUCUCCAUGACCUGAACAACCUCUGCAUCAGAUAAACAGAUUUCCCUUUAGAGGCCUUAACAUUUCAGGAUACCUAUGUCCCCUUAAGGACAUUAAGGGACACCCUCCUCUGUUCUUGGCUCAUUUGCUCUUUCAGGCUCCUCCAACCCUAUUCCGCUGUAUGCUGAGUCCGUGUGCAGAUGCUGGAUUCAAAUUUACAGCAAGACCCAUCAUUUGCCCCUUUGCUUAAUUGCAACGGAAUUGCAGCCACGUUCUACAACUGCAGCAUGCAGUCGAGUGAAGCACAAAAAGUUUCCAGCAAAAGUGAACUGUUUGAAUCUUUGAAGGUGUAUCUGACCAACAGGAAGAGACUACAACCUAUUAUUGGCCUCGGCAGCAUCGUAGAAUGUGUGAAGGUGGGAGCGCACAGCAGAGAAGUGCUGUACCUGUGUGCGGUGUGUGUGUGUCGACUCGGCAAAGCUGACAUGCGGAACCACAUCAUGGGAAGUCUCCACAGAUAUAACUACAUUAAAGCUUGGCACCCUCAUUUAUUGUCUGAAUGGAAGGAAAACUCUGACUUGUCUAAACUGGCCUGGCCUCUGAUGGAGAUAGCCAAGAAAAUCGAGGGAAAAGAAGGAGUUGGAGAAGUGCAGUUAUUUGAGGUUGAAGGAGCAGUAUUCCAGAGGAUGGCAACACUAAGCGAGAGAGAUGCAGUAACUUUCUUAAGAGAUUGUCAGGGUCAACCAGAAAGAAAUGCAGAGACUCCGCCUGUUCAGCUGAAGGAAUCUCCCAUUCAAUCACAAAGGAUUGUGUUGCUUGGUCAGAAUCAACAGCAGUGGACUGAAAAAUCCAUCAAAGCUGAAUUCAUGCAUGACCCACCUCUAAUGCAGUCAGCUGUAGCUCCUCAUAUGAAGACAGAAGGCUGUUUAAGAAACACCUCAGCACCACAGUUAGACAGCUGCAGCUUUCUCAAUGUCUAUACAGGAACCAAGCCUAUUAUUGGUCUUUUCUGUGUGGUUGAGUGUAGGAGUGACAAUGGCCACACAUGUGUUUUCUUAUGCCACUGCUGCCGCAUCCGAUUCAACAAAAAGGACAUCAAUGUUCACCUGACAAGCUCUUCCCAUCUCAACAACUACUUGAUGGAAACUCAUCCUGAGCAGGUGGAAAUAUUGUUGGAAGAUAAUUAUGAGCCCAGUGAGUUUCUCCAGUCACUGGCCAGGAAAGUGGAGCGAGAGGAGGGUAGAGGAGAGCUGAAGGUGAUAAACGUACCAGAAUCACUCUGUAUCCAAAUGACUGGCAAAAGUUAUCACUGGUGUAUCAAGAUGUUGUGUAGCAGCGGGACACAAACUAGCAGCCAAACAAACAAAAUAACUCUCCAAGAUGGAGACAUGCCAGACAAACAUGCUGUAAUGCUGUCAAAGUGGGCACAAAAAGGGAAGAAGACCAAUACUGUAUUCAAGGUAAGCCUGCCUCUCAAAAGAGGUGCAUUGCUGCUGGAGAGGAUGUCUUUCUGUGAGGACGACUUCCCUAUGGUACAAUCACCGGCCUCAGGUGUAUCUCCAUCCUUGGAGAACCUGACAGAAGACAAGUUGGACUAUGAUGCUGGAUCUUUUGAAAUCACCCACACUGAACACAACAUAACAACUUUACCUCAACCAGACUUGUAUAGUCGAGACACCCAUCAAUACAUGGAAGCAGAGAUAAACAACACAGACACUUGGUAUCAAGAGGUGGACAGUUACUUUGCUAACAAUGAAUACUUAAGCCAGUCUGAAGACAAAACAUGGACUGAUCAAAAGGCUUAUCAGGAAAGCAACAACACCAGACAAUAUGGUUCUCAAGAAACAUCAGGUAUAAAGUUAGAGAAAGACUUGAAAAAUGAAAACCCACAGAAUGUGGGGUGGUCACAUGCUUUGUCCCACACUCAGGACUGGUCCUCUUACAACUUUCCCCACGGACAAGAGGGGGUUUACACUCAGCAGUGGUAUGGCUCAGCUUCACAGAAUACCGUUGGCACUAGUCAGAAAGUGUCAAGAGACGAUUGCUGGAUGGAGAUGAGCUCAGAUGCACCUCAACUUUACCAACAACUGCCCCAGAAUCAGUACAUGGCACCAGAUCACAACAAUUAUCAGACGGGUUGUGUGGGGCAUCACGGCUCAUCUGCUGAAGUCGCUCCUCCUUAUGUAGAUUCUGCAAGGAUUAACAUGUGUCCUUAUUUGGGAGCUGUCCCUGCUCAAAUUGCACCAGAGAUUAUACCACAUGCUCCUGAAACCGAACAGAGACAAAUGUAUAUGGCUUUUAUGACGAGCCAUGUCCAGACAACUCCACAAAGUUAUAUGAUGCAACCUGUGGCCUGUCAAGCCAUUCAAAUAGACCAUAGGGGUAUGCAUAACCCUAACUACUAUCAUGAACCCACCUGGCACGUCCCCGAUCCACACAACAAUAGCAGUAGCGGUGGCGGUGGUUGGGAUUUGCCCCAGUCAAGUACUUUAAUCCCACCUGUGCAGAGUACAUAUUAUGGAUCUUAUUUUGAGUAAGUCCAGAGACACUGGGUAAUCAGGGUUGGUGAUUUCAAGAAGUGUAGCUGAAACUACUCCAUUUGUGUGUAUUCCACCCAUUUAAUUCUGCAUUUAUUGCCACUAUGUUAAUUGCAGUUAUUAAUACAGUUCCACUUAAGGGAAUGCUGUCCCUACUGAAAGACCCCGUUGGUCUGGCAUGGCCUCUAAGCAUGCUGCUUUGUUACAUUCUUUCAAAAAUAAAUGCUUUCUGGUUUCUGUCAGAAAUGCGAUUGUUGAUGGAGAUUGGAGGUUCCAUUACUCAUGUUCAUGAAUGUUUUUGAAUGUAGUGACACUACUAGCAUAGACUCUGAGAUCAUUAUUGUUUUGUUUCAGUUUUUUUACGACUUUAGGUUUAAAUUUAGUUUGUAUCAUUUUGACAUUUCUUUUUUUUCAUCUAUCUGAAACUGAUGGGGGUUUCAUUUGCAUCCAUGUCUAGAUGAAAUUAGUCUCUACUUUGACAUUUUCCUUUGGACAUGGAUACAACUGGUUACAACAAAAACUAAAGUAGAUUUUUAAUAACUUAUAUUUUUCUUUAAGAAAGUGACUCAGGCUAUGCAGAGAAUUUGAGAUAAUUUAAAGUCUAAAGUGCUGGAAUCUAUUUACCUGCAGUAUUUCUUGGUUUUGUGUGUAAACCAAGUGGAGUAAUGUGACACGAGCAAUAUUUUCACUGAUUUAUUAUUUCACAUUGAAUGGGAUGCAGGGGUUAGUUGGUUUGUGCUUCAGUGAAUUUGUUUUGAGUACAAAAAAUGGUAUUAUUUACCCCCUUUGCUGCUGCUUGCACUGUAGAGGACCAACAGUAUUUGUUGAAUGUAUAUCCAAAUGACAUGAUAUAAACUACUGAUUUUCAUUUUUGUUUUUGUUUGAGAGAGUUUCAAGUGCCUUCAGUUCAGCUAAUGGGAUGUGUUUGGACUCUGUAUCCAUAUUUCCUGGCACGGCAGCAUCUCUGAAGCCUUUUGUUCAGUUGUUUGAAACGUUGACCAAAUCUGCGAUGUAACUGUGUUGAAUUAAAGGGUGAACCAGU